AUGACCGAACUCGGACUUUUUCGAGCUCAGCAAAUAAAGGCAGAGGACGAGCAGCACGUUGGCGACGUCCGGCGAAGACAUGUGGAUGGCGUCAACGCCCACCACGAAAGAAAAUUGCAGCACAGACUUAUCAAUAACAAAAAUGGCGCCUGCCGCACAUCUAUGGGACUAGCUGCUCGUCGUCCACGUUGUCGUCGUCCGUCCGACAUGUUGUAUCGUUUCAUGGCUCGUAAACUGCCUGGAAUAGGUGUGAUGGUGCCGGUGGCAUGCGUCAUCACCAACGCGUCACCUGCACAUAGCUCUUCUCCUCAUCCCGUUGAUAGUGGUGACAUUGACGUAGCGUGGAAUGGUCACUGA